CGUUUGUAGCGUCGAAUUUGACGCAUACAAGUCAAAUUUUUCGUUCACCUCAUCUGAUGAUAUUUGUGUUCGGCAUCCGCAACCCAUCAAACCUCUUAUGUUAUAUUGGAAAGUUGCCGCUUUUGCGGCCGUCUUUCCCGUCAAAAAACAUGGCCACUGUUCGAAGCAUUGCGAGAAUUUUCAAUCGGAAUCAAUUAAAUUUACUUGUAAAGCCAGCUAAAAUCGUUGUGUCCGCAAGAUGUUAUCACCGUUGUCUCCAGUGCAAGAGAUCAACAACUGUCAUUUUAAACGUAUCCAAUAAUUUCUUUCAAAACAAUCUUCAGGUUAGAAAAUUUCAUAAGAGUUCCGGUUAUUUUGCCGAUAAAGAUUAUUACGAAGUACUGGGUGUUAGUAAAAAUGCGUCUUCCUCGGAAAUUAAAAAGGCUUAUUAUAAAUUAGCUAAAAAAUACCAUCCUGAUGUGAAUAAAAACGAUCCCGAUGCUGCUAAAAAAUUUCAAUCUGUUUCUGAAGCGUACGAGAUUUUGGGAGAUGAUUCAAAACGUAAACAAUAUGAUACCUGGGGUUCAACUGCGGAUCAAAUGGGAGCAGGAAUGGGUGCAAGAAGUGGUGGCGGUGCAGGACCACAAGGCUUUAGUCAGUCUUGGCAAUACCAAUCAACAAUAGAUCCAGAAGAACUUUUUAGAAAAAUUUUUGGAGAUUCUGGUUUUUCCAAAUCAUUCGAUGAUUUUACUGAAUCAAAUUUUGGGUUUGGAGAAGCCCAAGAAAUUGUGGUUAGAAUAUCGUUUGCUCAGGCUGCUCGUGGCACAAACAAAGAUAUACAUAUAAAUGUAGUGGAUACAUGUCCAAAAUGUACAGGUUCCCGAUGCGAACCUGGUACAAAAGCGACAAAAUGUUCUUUCUGCGAUGGAACUGGUUUUGAAACGGUUACAAGAGGCCCAUUUAUUAUGCGAUCAACCUGUCGGUAUUGCGAAGGAACGCGCAUGUUUAUCAAGCACAAAUGUACAGAAUGUCAUGGAAAGGGAUCAACCGUUCAAAGGAAAAAAGUUACCGUGCCAGUUCCUGCAGGAAUUGAAGAUGGACAAACUGUUAGAAUGCCUUUAGGUAAAAAAGAGCUGUUUGUUACCUUCAGGGUGGACAAAUCAGAUUAUUUUAAACGUGAGGGGCCUGAUGUUUAUACAGAAGCAGAUGUUUCAAUUUCACAAGCAGCUUUAGGUGGAACUAUUCGAAUACAAGGUUUAUAUGAAGAUCAUACCCUUCAGAUUAUGCCAGGAACUUCAUCACAUACAAGAUUAAGAUUAAGUGGAAAAGGUAUGAAAAAAGUUGACGGAUACGGACAUGGUGAUCAUUAUGUUACAUUUAAAAUUACGGUGCCUAAAUGUUUAUCGAAAAAACAAAGAGCUUUACUUCUUGCGUAUGCUGAAUUAGAAACUGAUACUCCCGGACAGAUACUGGGAGUAACUAAGAAAACUGAUGGGUCUAAUAUCGCAACAGUAGAUCAAGAUUUAGUAGAUGCAAUAAAAGCUGCUAUGAGCGAAGAAGACGGCCAAAAACUGGAAAAGAUGUCCUAAAAGCGGCAUCUUUUUUAAAUGAGUCACUAGGAUUAGAUAGUUCAAUCGAGCGGUUUACAAAAGAAGUGAAGAAGAAAUGCAAACAACCAAGUGAUUUUGUUGGUUAUAUUUUUUUUUCUGUUAAAUAUAUUCCUUUUUUAUAAAAAAAUAAAAUGUUUUUAUUUACAGUUGUUCUGAAACUGUAAAUGAAUAGGGUUUUAAAUAUAAUUUAUUGAAAAAUUAUAAA